AUGAAUGCCCUCAACCCACAAAUCACCAACUUGGUGAUCAUCCUCGGGAUGAUGCAGGUAUCCAAGCGAAUACCCUUUGACGACCCUCAAGUUCUUAUGGGGGUUCGAAUUCUCUACGUGGUGUCCAAUUUGAUCAUCUUUGGCAUCUACUAUUACAUUGGCAUGAAGAUCAAAGCGAAAAGAGAUCUGACCACUCUCAAGUAUGUUGAACCUGCACCCAUGGGUUCUGGCGAGGAACCCAAACUCGUCACCACCACAGUUCAAGAGUAUGAUCAGAAUCAACUCUCGUUGGCGUACAAGGGUCAAUUGAUGGGCAUUGGAAUGAUGGCAUUCAUGCACUUGUAUCUCAAGUACACCAACCCACUGCUCAUUCAAUCCAUCAUCCCGGUCAAGAGUGCUUUCGAAAGCAACUUGGUCAAGGUACACAUCUUUGGCAGACCGGCGUCUGGAGAUCUCAAACGCCCAUGGAAGGCGUCCGGAGGUAUAAUGAGCAUGGGUCAAGGCGAGACAAAGAGUGACAAGGCUAGUAUCGAAGCAGCCGAACGAGCUGGUCGUGGCGGAGCCAAGGAGGAGUAG